AUGUCUGAUAUCGACACUCUCGGCCAGGCCGAGUCUCAUUCUGGCCAUGACAGGGUGACAAAACAACAAGCCCGCCACCGGCAUAUCAACGACCGGGCGGUAAUCGAGAACCCUCUCUCUCACUAUACCGACGAACAGCUAGAGGCAGAUGUCACGUCAUUCGCGGAGAGGUAUCUGAACGUCGAUAAGGGAGCUUUGAUACGAGCUGCGCGUGUGGCAAAGGAUAUCAAGCUAUACGACGAAGUUGCGAGAAACCCAAGCGAUGCGGCAGGAAAGGAGCUUCCGGUCCAGCUGACGGCAGAGGAGAAGCGGGCACUUGUUCGGGAACGCGAUGUCCCGUUCAGCGAAAAGGGGAUGUGGACCAUCAUCAUUACUGUGUCCCUCGCAGCAUUCUUGCAAGGUAGGCAAAUCAUCUUCUUGUCUUUGGCUCAAUAUCGGUUCACGGGCUCACCGAGCUCCCUAGGCCACGUGCAAGCGUCAUUCAACGGCUCCUCUCUGUAUGACACCGAGUUCGGGCUGAACACGACGGCCAAGAAAGACGACAACAGUGCGACGGGUAGCCAUGCUGAGUUAGGAAUCGAUGACUGGAAGCUGGGAGCCGCAAAUGCGUCUCCUUUCUUGUUCGCUGCGCUGCUGGGCUGUCCUCUUGCGCUGCCCGUAAACCAUUAUCUCGGUCGUAAAGGGGGGAUGGUGGUGGCUGCUUUUCUUAUCCUGGUCAGCUCGAUUGCUUCAGCCUUUGCGACAAAUUGGGUGCAUCUUUUUGGUAUUCGGCUGGUGAAUGGUAUAGGUAUGGGACUCAAGGCCGUCAGCACUCCAAUCCUAGCCAGUGAGACCGCGGUUGGUUUCUGGCGUGGCACCUCCAUUCUCGCAUGGCAGCUGUGGGUAGCCGCGGGCCUGAUGGUCGGCUUCGCCUUCAACCUGAUCUUCGACACAGCGGCCAACAAGCGGCUGACCUUCCAACUCAUGGUGGGCGCGCCCAUGGUCCCCGCCCUCGCGCUGCUCGUCCUGGUCAUCUGCUUCUGCGAAGAAAGCCCGCGCUACCUGAUGCGCGUGUCGAGUCCGCGGUACGACCCGCAGCGGGCCUACGAGAUCCUCAAGAAGCUGAGGAACACUGAGCUGCAGGCUCUCCGGGACAUCUACCUCGUGCACAAGUCUAUAGAGCAGGAGGAAGUGCCGGGCGGGGUCGCGAAUCUCAAGUACAUUCCGGGAUUUGUGUCAACCGUGGUGGGAUUCCUGCGGCAGUGGAGGCAGCUGUUUCUUGAGAGGCGGUUGAGGAACGCAUUGAUUAGUAGCUCGACUGUGGCGCUUGCCCAGCAACUGUGUGGAAUCAACGUGCUGGCCUUCUACUCGGGCACGCUGUUCAGCCGCGCCGGUGCGGAGAAGCGAGAUGCCAUGUUCUUCAGUCUAGGCUAUGGAGCUGUCAACUUCAUCUUUGGGCUACCCGCCAUCCGAACGAUCGAUACGUUGGGCAGACGGAAAUGGCUGAUAUUGACACUCCCCGUGAUGGCACUCUUCAUGCUCCUCGCGGGCGUCUCCUUCAACAUCCACAACCUGAAUGCCAAGGUCCCAGUGGUGGCACUGUUCAUCCUCCUGUUUGCGGCCGCGUAUUCGCCUGGUCUGGGGCCUAUCCCGUUCACCUACGCGUCAGAGAGCUUCCCGCUAUCUCACCGCGAAGCUGGGGCCGCAGUCGCCAUCGCGGUGAAUCUGGGCUUUGCCGGUCUGCUCUCCGUCUUCUUCCCGCGUAUCAAUUCCGGGCUGGGCGACGGCGGCUCGCUAUACCUCUUUGCGGGACUGAAUGUCUUGGCCCUGGUCAUGGUCUUUUUACUGUUGGAGGAGACCAAGAGGCGCAGCCUAGAAGACCUGGACCUCGUGUUUGCUGUGUCGAAGCGACAGUUCGUCAAGCACCAGGUUGUCGAGUACUUGCCGUGGUUCUUUAGGCGUUAUGUCCUGCGGAAGCACGAGUACAAGCCGAGUCUGUAUAUUGAUCUGAUCUGGGGGUCCAGAGACGACGAAGACGAGCGGACACGGGCGAGGGAUGCGCGGCGGAUGGACGGGAGGAGAGAUAGUUCCGAGUCGGACAGAGACAGCACUCACGCCGGGCCGGUCAGACCCACCUCCAUCCCGUCAAAUCCCCGAUUAUUUGGCGGCGUCAGCCCGGAGUUCAAGCGAGAGCCAACGCCGCGGCCCCUCCGCCUGACCCCGCUAGAGUCCCUUGGGAAGGGCUCCCAUUGGCUCCGAGGGGCACCCCGUCAGGACGUCAUCGAACCGUCCCAAUUAUUCCAAUCUCGGACCUUUCGUGACCCGUUCAGUCCGCCGUCGUCAGUCGCUGCGCGCUGCGCGUGUGUCCUGCUGCUCUCCUAUCUCGAAACCGCAAAGUUGAAUUUGUCUCUUCCUUCUCCAAGCUCCAGGACGUCGUCAUUGCACCUUGGCGGCAUAGCGAACGAGAAGCACUGCCAGAUCUCGACAACACAAGCCCUCGCCAUGUCCACAUUUCGAUUGACUAUCGAAGACGGCCAGUUCCGCGACGGCUACGGUAGACAAGUUGUGCUUCGAGGCCUCAAUGUCGCCGCCGACGCCAAGCUCCCCAGCGAGCCAGAUCAACCCUCGCACAUUGGCGACGGCUUCUUCGAUGGCGACAAUGUCAAGUUUCACAACCGUCCUUUUCCCAAGGACGAGGCUCACGUUCAUUUCUCGAGGAUAAAGCGCUACGGAUACAACACCAUCCGUUACGUCUUCACCUGGGAGGCCAUCGAAGCCGCUGGCCCAGGACGUUACGAUGAAGAAUGGAUCCAGCAUACGAUUGAGAUUCUGAGGAUAGCUAAAGAAUAUGGCUUUUACAUCUUCAUGGACCCUCACCAGGACGUGUGGUCGAGGUACUGUGGUGGUUCUGGCGCCCCAAUGUGGACAAUCUACGCCUGCGGCCUCAACCCGCAGAGCUUCUCCGCCACCGAGGCCGCGAUCGUGCACAACACAUACCCGAAGCCCGAAGAGUUCCCCAAGAUGAUCUGGUCGACAAACUACUGGCGUCUCGCCGCCGCGACAAUCUUCACCAUGUAUUUUGGCGGCAGGGAUUUUGCGCCAAAGUGCAUCAUUAACGGCAUAAACAUUCAGGACUUUUUGCAGGGCCACUUCGUCGCCGCCUGCGCGCACCUCGCGAAGCGCAUACACGAGGCCGGCGACCUCGAGAACGAGGUUGUCAUCGGGUGGGAGAGCAUGAACGAGCCGGGCUGCGGUCUGGUCGGCUACCAGGAUAUCGCCGUCAUCCCCAAUGCGCAGAAGCUGAAGAAGGGCUCGUGCCCGACGAUCUGGCAGACGCUCCUCACGGGAUCUGGCCGCGCCUGCGAGGUGGAAACGUGGGACAUGGGUGGCAUGGGCCCGUACAAGGUCGGUCGUUCACUGAUUGACCCCCACGGUGAGAUGGCUUGGCUGCCCGCCGACUAUGACGACUCGAGAUACGGCUGGAAGCGAGACGAGGGUUGGAAGCUCGGCGAGUGCAUCUGGGCUCAGCACGGUAUCUGGGAUACGAAGACGGAUACCCUGGUCAAGAAGGACUACUUUUCCAAAAACCCUAGGACCGGGAAAACGAUCGACCACCCAGAGUUUACUAAUACGUAUUUCAUGGACUCUUACCGGUUAUACAGAGACGCUAUCCGCCCCAUUCACAAGAACUGCAUUAUGCUGAUGCAAUACCCGACACUAGAGCUACCACCUCAGAUCAAAGGCACCGCCGACGACGAUCCGAUGAUGGCCUUUUCACCGCAUUGGUACGAUGGUAUUACACUCAUGACGAAACGAUGGAACAGAGUAUGGAACGUGGACGUUGUUGGCGUGUUGCGCGGGCGAUACUGGCACGAGGCACUCUCUGUUAAGGUCGGGGAGACUGCUAUUCGGAACUGCUUCAAAGACCAGCUUGCGUCAUUGCGGCAAGAAGGCCUGGAUAGAAUGGGUAAUCACCCAUGUGUUAUGACGGAAUUCGGUAUCCCAUACGAUAUGGGCGACAAGAAAGCGUAUAAGACGGGAGAUUACUCGGAUCAGUCAGCUGCCUUGGAUGCCAACUAUUUUGGUGCCGAAGGCUCGGGUAUGGAAGGCCACUGUUUGUGGGUUUACGUUGCAAAGAACACUCACGAGCACGGUGAUCUCUGGAACGGCGAGGAUCUGUCAGUCUUCUCACUAGACGACAAGACACUACCCAUGUCGCCUCUCCCCCGCAGCCCAUCACCCAACCCGUCGUCAGACCUCAAGCGCAACUCCAUGAGCAGAGACGUUCCGGACGAAUCGACCGUCACGCCGGAAAACCUGCAAAGCACAAUCACGAACCCGUCGAUAUCAUCCGCCCCCUCCAAGGACCCAGAGCUGACCAACGCGCCGGGCCUCCGCGCCGCCGAGGCCUUUGUGCGGCCGACCCCCGUCGUCGUGGCGGGCGACGUCCUCGAGUACGGCUUCGACCUGCGCAGCUGCACCUUUACGCUCAAGCUCAAGGCCACCGCGCCUCCAUCCGAGACGGCGCCGACGGUGGUGUUCUUGCCCGAGUUUCACUACCCACAGGAUAACUGCACGGUCGAGGUGUCGUCGGGCAAGUGGGCGAUCAGCAUGGAUGAUGACGAGGGCCCGCUGCUGCAGAAGCUCAAGUGGUGGCACGCGGACGGGGAGCAGACGCUCAAGGUUACGGGCUUGGUGAGGCAGCAUAACAUCGUCGAAGGAUCCGAGGAGGACAUGGGGUACCUGGAGCAGUGCCAGCAGAACUACGCUAGGUGCAGCGUGAUGUAA